AUGGCGGUUCCCAACGGUGAGCGUCCGUUGCAAGCCGAAACGGCAGUCGAUAUUGUUGCUGUUCCAGCAAUAGGUGCAGAUCCUGAGAAAACGUGGAUUGACGAGGGUGCAACCACGCCUUGGCUUCGCACUGAUCUGAAAAAGAUCAUCCAAAAUGCACGGAUGAUAAUGAUCGACCAUGGGCGAUUAGGGCCUCAGGAUGAUCUGGAGUCCUUAGCUGACAACUUGUUGACGCAGCUUCUACUGGAACGCCAGGCGACUAGCCCGCGGCGACCUAUCUUUUUCAUCUGCCAUAGCACGGGUGGUCUGGUCGCCAAGACAGCGCUUGUUACAGCCAGUCAAAAGACCUCGAACGUUGAAUCGAUAUGGUCAAGUUGCUAUGGAAUCGCCUUUUUGGCGACUCCGCAUUUUGGCUCGAGCUAUCUUUCAGCUCCCGAGUUUACCAACAGCGUACAUCAUUUGAUGCGACUGAAACACCAUAUUCCCCCUGGACUGCAAGAGGUCUUCAGACCGAGACACCCAGUUUUGCUACGUCUGUGGAGCCAAUUCAAGUCGAUCUCAGCAGACAUGAAGCUGUGGUCGUUUCUGGAGACACUGGAUUCAGAGAUUAGCAUCGUUGACCACGAAACAGGCACGGCCGUGGAGAUGCACGUUCCGAUCACCUCAAUCCGGUCAGGCAUCCUGGAUUUUGAGCACGAGAAAGUCAUUCCUCUGACGGCCAACCAUAUGGGAACUGCUUACUUCAACGGUCAAGAGUUAACGACGCGGCUGAGUUUUAUCAGUGAGCUCCAGUCAUCUGUAUCCAUGGCUUUGAUGCUAUCCAAGAUGAAUGAUGCCCCCAUGGAUGUUGACCAGGAAGUCAUGAUCCAAGUCAGUGGAUUCUUUGAAGACACGGCCAGAGGUGUCAGCGAUGAGACACCUCUCAAGCUUUGGUCCACAAAAGCAUCGUUAAAGGAUUACCUCGCGUCUGGGCCGUCGAUAUGCCUCAGAGAUCGACUGCAAAAAACGAGUGGGAUUCCUGUUGGACUUCUCGAUGAUUCCUCGAUUAGCAGCUUUGAUAGCAGGCCCACGUCUGCGCACGUGCGAUCUUCAAUAGAUGGAACAGCAAACACCCCUGCAGCACGAAUGGCGGUACGGACGAGAUCUGAGCCCAUUAUUUCGAGGCCACCGCUCAGAGACAGCCGGAGUUUCCUGGCACCCUCCUCUCCCCGUAUACAUGUCACUGAGCCGCUUGGAGAGGGAUACUUCGAAGUGCAGCAUGAGACGGUUUCCGAUUUGCAAAGCUCCGCUGAGCAGGCACCACAGUGUCCGGGAGCAGACAAUGCCGACAAAAAUGACACCAUGUCCGCUUCCAAGCAUUUGGCAACAAGCUCGUCAAACAGAUAUAAAGCCUUCCUUCCUGUCCCAAAGCCAGCAAGAGACAAACAAGACGAAGAAAGAGCCGAGAAGCCGAGAAGAAUACCUCGAUUUGACCGGCCAGAGCCGGGUAGCGAGAAGCUUCUCUGGAUCCAUGUGCCUUAUACGCACACUGGAUGGGUCCCGCCAAUUCUAGCCCGAGCGUGUCGCGAGCAAGAUAAGAAAUCCUUCUUCGAGAAGCUCAUGGAUGAAGAGCACUGGUAUUCGAACCUCAUAAGAGCCCGUCAUCUAGAGCCUCACGCACGUUAUGUGCGGCCGGCAUGCAUCCAUUUUAAACAAGAACCGCAUACAAAUUUUGGUACUCAAGAGGAGGAGCACGACCCACGAUUGGCCCUAUAUGUUCCUUAUCUCCAUUGGGACACGUACUCAAACCUGGUCCAUCGACGCAAGAUGGUCGAAGAACGACUGAAACAGGGGAGAUUCAGACCUGUGCCUCACAAUAUAUCAACCGCCAGUCUAGAAUCGAAGCUGAUCUGGAAACUACUGGGCAAUGAACCUCCUAUCCAUAUACGAAGGACGUUGGAUCAGUUUGGAUAUCCAAACCUUAGAUCGACGGUUGCGAGAGAUGAUGACCAGAUGCUUUGGAAGAGAACGAAGAAGAAGGUUAACUUGAGCGAGUUCAACAGCGCCUUACUCGUCGAGGAUAACUCGGGAAAUACCGGCCCGUUCAUGGACGGUAAAGUGCUCAUGGUCGAUCAGCUUUGGCUGUGGAUAGUCGAUGAAAGAACUGUAGUCACCUUCUUCCCCCACCAGGAAGCCACCACGGCCGAAGGGAAGCUCUAUGAACAGUCGAACCUCUAUAACAGCAUUUACAACGAGCUGAAUGGCGACUUGGCGAGACGAUUCGAGACGGCCGGUGAUCUUGCUGCCUUGAUCGUGUUACAUGCAGCCACCGUCCUCCUUGAUCGAACGCUGCAUCGCGACUUGCAGAUCCUCCGCAUCUUUGAAGAGUCCAUCAGCAUCCUGACCGAAUCCAUGACGAAAUCGUUCAAGCGCUUUCGCAAUCGUGGUUUCAUCACGCGCCCUGCGGAUUUCAACAAGAACGCAGAUGGCAAGCCCAUGUCAGCCGCUGAGCGCGAGGAACGAGACCAUGAAUUAGCCAGUCGCAACCGCGAAGACCUCUCCACGCUCCUGGAGUUACGAGAUAUCAUCGACGAGCUCGGGACGAUCCUCAAACUCUUGGACGUGCAAACCACAAUCAUCAAGACGAUGUCCAGCUACUUCGAACACAAGGGUUACGGCAAGGUGUUCAUGGAGACGUCCUUGUCCAGACUCGACGAUUACCGUAACCAGGUCCUGGAAAUGAGAGAAAAUGCCUCUCUCGCUCAGAAAGCGGUCGAAAAUCUCCUAGACCUCAAGCAAAAGCAAGCUAACGUGGACGAGUCUCGACUUGCUCGAUGGGAGGCCGAAGUUACUCAAGACCAAUCCCGAUCCGUGAUGGUGUUUACCAUCUUUACCAUCAUGUCAGUCUUUAUACCCUCUGUCUAG